AUGACUGAACCUGGAUCCAGCGAAACUGACACAACAGCGAACUCGACCACCAACCAAAUUGGAGAUGAGGAAGCAGAUGAAUGGGUUGAAGAGGACGAAAAUUAUGAUGAUGAUGACUACGAUGACGGAGAAGAAGAAGCGGAAGAAAUUGCGCGUCGGUUGAAGGAGCAACUGUGGGCAGACAUCAGUAAAGCACAGGCAGACCGCGUAAACGUCCCCACAACUGCACCAACUCCUGGUGCACCACUACAUGAUGGUGUUCCGUCUACGGCUCCUUCUCUUGUCCCGAUUACACAACCCCCUUCCCAAUCAUCUACGUCGCCCAAGAAGGAAGAAGCCGCCUUGAAGACGAUGAUGAAUGUACUGAACAUCGCAGGAAAGGAUCCUCUGGUUCACUCAACUCUAGCGUCUGCAGUUGUUCCUGGUGCGGGCAACAGCGUUCUGGAAAUACUCAACCACACAGUUGUCGCGGGGACAAUCUCCAAAGACCUUGCAAAAUCACUCAGCAUGACCCUUGUAUCUUUGGCUCGUUCCGACGCUCUUUUUGCCGCACUUCGUCAUUCCAAUGCGUCCGCACUACAGCUGGACAAAGGGAAGAGAAAACGCGACGAGACAGAAGAUGAACAGCAGAGGAACGAAGCCCGAGUCUUCAAACGGCAAAAUUUUGCACAUGGUCAUUUACAGAGCCAGAUCACAGACGCAGUUCGCGUAGUUUCAGAAACUCUAGCCUCCCAUCCACCUUCCAACGGCCCGCCAGAUCCGUCGAUCAUAUCCUCAAUCCAGCUACAGUUACACCAAAUAUUUCUUUUUGCAGUCACCUCUUCUGCGAGAGGGGGACCUGAAACAAACGCCUUACAGGAGAUCAGCGGACUCAUUCAGGUGGUUGGCGUCCUGAGCGGUAGUCCCAUUGGCCCCACCGCAGUCCCACCGAACGCCCAUAUUCAACCCCCUGACAUAUCGAUGUAUCCUCCCCGCCCAUGGAUACCGCCGGGAACUGGCCCUCAGCCUGUUCCUUUCAGCGACAUUGGUACCGCAGUAUACCCCUGCCUAGUGCCAGGUUGCCGCAAGACUUUUGCGCGAUUGUUUAACCUACGAGCGCACCAACAAGUGCACGCAUUGCACAGGCCAUAUCGUUGUGUUGCAUGUCCCGCCUCGUUUGCCCGAAAUCAUGACCUGAAACGACAUGCCAAACUACACGACAAGACGGGGUACCAGUGUGCUGGCUGCUACAAGUUGUUCUCACGGCGUGACGCGAUAAAGAGGCACAAAAACAGCAGCGCAGCUCGUGGUGGCAAAGGGGAGGCAUGCGUCAAUGCGGCAAUCAAAGAAGUUGAACUGGACAAGGAGGGUGGGGAUGAUGCCCUGCGGGAAGCAAAUUAUGGAACGUUUGGUGAUGAUUGGGGUCCAGAAGAAGGCGAAAUGGAUGGCAACGUCAUCGGCCAUGCACAAGAGGCUGUGCUUAGUCUCCACAAGACGUUGCAAGCACAUGUGUCCAGCGCGCUAGGAACAACAGCGGAUCAUAAUAUUUCACCAAUGCAGGUUGAUCCCGCUGCAGGUCAAGCGACCUUGGCUAGCGUCAUCGCUAGAGCUCAGCUGCAAAAUAUGCCGUCCUCGCAUACUCAACAAGAUAAUUCAGCGGUGAGCGCUGCUAAUCCUAGCACGGCCGAGUUGCAGCCUUUCCCUGUGGACGACGGAUGUUGCGCUCCAAAUAAUGAUUAUCCUGCCCCAACCGCGGACAGUGCAAUUGUUUCUGCACCGCCGUUAUCACUUUAUGGUCUUUCGGAAGAACAAGCGCGACUUUUGGAGCAGGCAAUUGCUAAUGCUGCAUCUGCAGCUCAAGCACAGGCAGAAGCAGAGGCUGCAUUGGAAGAACAGGAAGAGGACUAUGAGGAGGAUUGCGACGAGGACGAUGGUGACAAUGAAACGGAAAUAAGAUCAACUGUUGAAACCGAGAUCCCUUCAACGUUGGGACCAUAA